CUAAACAAUUUGUAGUAAAUAUGGCCGCCCAGACGUAUAGUAAAUUUGUGAAAAAAUUUCGUACCACCACUUUUAUAUUGAACAAAUUAAUUUAGUCAUAUAAAAUAACCUUAUCCGGGGAUCUGCAAUAAUUGUUAAAAUGAAUUUUUUCGUACAAAUUCAUUAGCAUUUAAGUUAUUUAGCUUCUAGUGCCGUUCAUCGUCGUUCUGCUAGUUUUGUCGUCUGGAAAAAAUCAUGAAUUAACCAAUCACACAACAAAAAAAGACUGCAACAUUACCAAAAAUAGAAAACCAAUAAAAACAAACUCAAAAAAGCGAAAGGAAAAUGGAAACUCAAAUUUCAGUGAAAUCUAAAGAGCUUAGUAAUUGCAAUGACUCUAUAGUUCCAUCCGGUAUUUUGAAUUCAACAGCGGCUAUAAUCAAUCUGUGCAAUAGUGACAGUUUCGGAAUGAUUGCCACAAAUCAUGAGUUAAUCAGUGCUAAUAGUAUUGAACUUAAUGCUGCAACCUCUCUAAGUGAUGACUCAGGUGUUCCACUUACAACAAACAGUUCAAUAUCAAGUGGAGAUUCUUAUCGUUUGGGGAUAUGCAAAUUUGAAAUGGAGUUAGCUGAAAGUGAUGGAGAAGUUUCACAAUUUGAUUCUCUUGAUAAUUGCUCCGAAGGAGGAAUGAGUGCAGAGAAUUUUAAUACCCUCAAAAAAGUACCACUUGCCCCUAUCGACCCGCCACCAGAGUUUCAAGACUCUCCUCAUACAACUCUCACCAGAUCACUUUCAAAAAACGUUUUAAAUAAUAUCCCGCGAUGGUCAUCGCAAUCUUCGCUUCAAAUCAACGACAUGACGGACAAGCCCACGCCAAAUAUUAUUGUAGAACUUAAUCCAAUCAUUGCUCACGUCGAAAGCGCACUAAAAGAUUCAUACUCUAAGCAACAUAUCUACUCAAGUGAUUCCAUUUUGAAUAGCAGUAACAUGGAUAAUAUAUACGAUGAACCAAACGAUAUUUUAAGCUCCUCUGUUGGAAAUAGCAUUGAUGUUGUGGACCAACAAAAAAUGGCUUUAUGUCCCCAUUUUCAAGAUCACACACGAUAUUUCAGAGCUAUUCCAUCAGAACAGGACGUUGCUACGCACACCCAUCAAAUGCAAUUGCAGAGAUUUAAUUUGGGGGGUCUCUCGGAAAUUCAUGAUUAUGAUCUUUAUUACGGCAUCAAACGUAGUGCAUAUCAAGAUGGUAGCUUACAACGAAGACUUUUGUACAGUCCAUUACAUCACCACCAUUAUCAACACCAAUAUCAUUACCAUUCAGGUGGCAGUGGUAAUAGGCCCAACUCUCGCAACUCAUUAAAUAGUCGACUGUCGAGCUCGCACAAUUCAUUAAGUGUAUCGAAUGCAAAUAAGGCAGAUGACUCUAUCUUCAUAACCCAAGCAAUGUCUCACGAUGCUCUUUUAACACGUGAGAUAUCCGAUUUCUAUAAUGUGCCAAUCGAUUCGGAUAUAUACGCAUUUCCCAUUGAUAUGAUUAAGCCUCCUGAUGCCAAAGAUACAAUAAUAAGUAAAUAUAAGGACAGCAUGAAGUCGAACCAAAAGAAUCGCUUGAAAUACUCUCGCAACAACAAGCGAAGAAAACGAAACAACAAUAAUAACAUUAACAACUUGAACAAUAACAACACCAGCACCGAUGAUAACAUAUCUGGAAUUGAUAAGCUUGAAAUUGACAAGAGCAAGACUAAAGCCAACAAAGCCGCCGAAGAUAAGCGACAUAGUGUGCCCGAAAACCCAAUUGAACCGCUUCACAUGACUCUCGACGAAGUAAAGCAAUUCUAUCACACUUUGUAUUCGGACGCCAAAGACAUACCCAUGAGAAACAAUACAACGAGUAGUUUGGCUCACAAAUCUACAGCAACCAGCAAAACACCAACUCAUACUAUUACAUUAAAUCGUUCAUCGAAUGGUACUUGUGGUGGAGGUGUCGGAGGUGGUGGUGGUGGCGUUGGCGGAGGUAACGGCGGUGUCGGGACAAUAAUUAUCCCCAGACCCAAUAAGCAUUCGACUCUAAAACAAGUGUCAAUUAAUCACUCAAAGAGCAUUUCCAACUCAGCCAGUAUUAAAAAUACUAAGUUAGUUGUAGGCGGAGGUGGCGAUAAGGCCAGUGAUUUAUCAAACAACAAUAACUUAAAUAAUAUCAAUAAUAAUAACCACAUAAGUAAAAUAAAUACAAUUCAAACGGAAAAGAAGUCACAGUUUACUUUGAACUUGAAGCAGAAGUUUUGCAGCAUAUUUCGUUUUCGUAAGAGCCACAAUCGAUGCAGAGCCAAUUCUACCGAUUCAGCUGAGUAUAUUUCAUCAAAUAAAGAACAAUCGUCUACAACGAAUCAACAACCAGAAUCGGCUGAUGAUAAAAGAAGGAAGUUUCAGUCGCGAGCCUUGCCACCUUUACCCAAAAAAGCCGACUUUGAUAUCCUCACAGCCGGUGUGGAAACACAAGACAACUUAUCUGAUGCCGAUGAUAAAGAUAGAAAGAAAACUGAACUACGUUCAUUUCAUUUUACAUCGAGUAUAGAGAAAGUCAAGGACUAUGGAUGGUAUUGGGGACCACUAUCCAGUGAAGCUGCCGAAAAAGUCCUUUCAAAUGAGCCCGAUGGCAGUUUUAUUGUUCGCGACAGUUCCGAUGACCAUUAUAUUUUUUCUUUAAGUUUCAAAUUAAACAACUGUGUGCGUCAUGUAAGAAUCGAACAGGACCAAGGAACAUUCUCGUUUGGUUCGUAUGCAAAAUUCAAAUCACAAACCAUUACUGAAUUCAUAGAAAAAGCAGUCGAACACUCAAGAAGUGGAAGAUAUUUAUUCUUCUUGCAUAGAAGACCAGAGCAUGGACCCAUGCGUGUACAAUUAACUAAUCCUGUAUCUAGAUUUAAACACAUUCAAAGUCUACAGCACAUGUGCAGAUUUGUUAUUUUGAAAGCUGUAGUUCGUAAAGAUUUAAUACAGACAUUGCCAUUACCAAGAAGACUUUUAGAUUAUCUAAACUACAAACACUGUUAUUCUGAACAAGUCGAAAGUGAUAGUUCACAGUCUCAAAUGUCUGGAGACGGUCAGGUUUAAAAGAGAAGAUGAAGAUGUUAAAAUGCCAUAAUAAGGUCAAUUUUGCUUUUAGGCUGUAAGCAGUGAUUUUAUAAUAAUAUUAUAAUUAUAAUUAAUAUAAUACGAUUUAGUUUUUUAAUAAGAUACAAAACGAAUAAGUAAAAAUAAUAUUAAUUAAAAUAAAAUAAUAUACUAUUAUACAUACUUAAAAAGAAAAUAAAUAAAAAAUUUGUACUCGGUGCUAUACUGUAAGUGAAUAAUAUUACAAACAUAAUUUAUACUUUAGUAAUUAAAUUAAUAAUAAAUGUUGUAUGACUCUGAUUCAGUAUAAGAAACCCUUGAUAAAAUGUGAAAAAUAUCAAUAAGAUAUACUUAAAGUAUUGUUUUUUUCUCAUUUUAUUCAACAUCAUCUUAUUAAUAAUAAAUUCGAAUAAAAUGAUAAUCGAAAAACCGAUAAAUUUAUAUAAUACGAAAUAAUAAUUAUUAUAAGAAGAACAUACAAAUCAGAGAAAGCAUGCUGGAUUCGUGUCUAUUUUAGAAUACCACACGUUACGCAAUAAACGUUAACAGUCAUUGAAAAAUAAACGAUUAUUAUAUAAAAUAAAAACAUUCAAAACAA